CCUCAUAUGAUCAUUUCACAUUUCCUCUCUCCCUCCACUUUGAUCUUACCGCCCAAAUUGAACACUCCCAACCCCAACAAUGUCGUCAAUUCCCACCACCACCACCUCCUCCGCCGGAUUCUUCCGCAUCCCUCCUCCGCCGCAUCGAAUGCCCGCUGCCGGAGUUCGUAUGAUGGCCGGCGCCUUGAGAUCCAGUGCCUCCAGCGUGGGGACCAUCCUGACAAACCUCCAGCACGAAUCCGCCACUCCGCUUCCCGUUCUGCGCCACGUGGCGGACGCCAUGACAGAGGACAUGCGAGCCGGGCUGGCUGUCGAAGGCGGGAGUGACCUUAAGAUGAUUCUCAGCUACGUCGACGCCUUGCCCAGCGGAAAUGAGAAGGGAUUGUUCUAUGCGUUGGACUUGGGCGGGACGAAUUUCAGGGUGCUGAGAGUUCAGCUUGGCGGGAAGGAAGAGAGAGUGAUUGCUACUGAGUCAGAGCAAGUCUCAAUCCCCAAAGAGCUCAUGUCUGGAACCUCCGAGCAACUGUUCGAUUUUAUUGCAAAUGGGCUGGCGACAUUUGCGGAGGUGGAAGGUGGGAAUUUCAGGUUGCCACAUGGGAGGCAGAGGGAGAUUGGGUUCACAUUCUCCUUCCCAGUAAUGCAAACCUCCAUUGACUCUGGCAUACUCAUGAAGUGGACCAAGGGCUUCUCAGUUUCUGGAACGGCUGGACGAGAUGUUGUUGCUUGUUUGAAUGAGGCAAUGGAGAGACAAGCAUUGGACAUGCGAGUGUCUGCCCUGGUCAACGACACGGUGGGUGCAUUGGCCGGAGCAAGGUACUGGGACGACGAUGUCAUGGUAGCAGUCAUUUUGGGUACCGGAACCAAUGCUUGUUAUGUAGAGAGGACUGAUGCAAUUCCAAGGCUACAUGGUACAAUGUCAGCUUCAGGAAUGACUAUUAUUAACACCGAAUGGGGAGCUUUCUCAAAUGGGAUUCCAUUGACUGUGUUCGAUAAAGACAUGGAUGCUGCUAGUAUCAACCCGGGAGAACAGAUAUUUGAGAAGACGAUCUCUGGGAUGUAUCUAGGUGAAAUCGCUCGAAGAGUGCUGUUGAAGAUGGCAGAAGAAGGGGAUUUGUUUGGCAGACGUUUCCCAGAGAAACUAACCACCCCUUUUAGCCUCAGAACUCCAGACUUGUGUGCAAUGCAGCAAGACGACUCUGAUGAUCUCCAAGCUGUUGGUUCUAUUCUCUACAAUGCAACCCAGAAGGUGGAGUCCAACCUGAGCUCCAGAAAAGUGGCAUUGGAGGUCUGCGACGCGAUUGUGAAACGAGGAGGGAGGCUAGCAGGAGCCGGGAUCGUGGGGAUUCUGCAGAAGAUGGACCAGGAUUCAAAGGGCUCGAUCUACGGUAAGCGAACUGUCGUGGCAAUGGAUGGUGGCCUCUACGAGCAUUACCCUCAGUAUAGAGGGUAUAUGCAAAGGGCUGUUGAAGAGCUUUUGGGGUCAGAAAUUUCGAGAAACAUUGUGAUUGAGCACUCUAAAGACGGGUCUGGGAUUGGAGCUGCUCUCUUGGCUGCUACCAACUCCAAGUACGAGCAUUAGAAUGUUUUAAAAGGGCUUCUUCCCAUAUUCCUUUUGGCCAUUUUUUUCCUUAUUGGUUUUGGAUUGAGAGUUUUGUGAAUAAGUUGGCCACUAUUAGGGGUGUGAUCAAGUGAAUUUGGUUUGUUGGGCCAUAAUUUUGGGCACCAUCUUAUCUUCAAAUAAAAAAGAGGUCAUCUGCUACGUCACAGGAAGACAAACUUGGCUUCCCCUGAGUUCAAACCACUAGGAAAGUCCUUAUAAAAGAGCAAACUUGAAACUGCACAAAUCACAAAACACAAUUCAAUUCAAUUCAAUUGCAACCCUUCUUUUUCUGAGUAUGAGUGAAGAAGAGGUGAAGCUACUGGGGGUUUUGACCAGCCCUUACAAAUUCAGAGUGGAGGUAGCCCUUAAACUGAAGGGCAUACCCUACCAAUACAUAGAGGAAGACCUCUCCAACAAAUCCCCUCUCCUUCUUCAAUCCAACCCAAUCCACAAGAAAAUCCCAGUCCUCAUACACAACGGCAAACCCAUUUCAGAAUCCCUCGUCAUUCUCGAGUACAUCGAGGAUACAUGGAAGAAGAACAACAACAACAACAACCCACUCCUCCCCAUAGAUCCCCUCGCUCGAUCCACCGCUCGAUUCUGGAUCAAGUUCAUCGAAGAAACGAUCUUGCAGACAGCGGCGAAGAGCGUGAAAACUAAAGACAGGGGCGAGAUCGAGAGGAUAAUCGGGCAAGUGGGUGAGCAGGUGAAGUUGCUGGAGAAGGAGCUGGUUGGGAGUGGGGAGGAAUACUUUGGAGGGGAGAGAAUCGGGUUGCUUGACAUUGUUGCGUUUGCUAUGGCUUACUGGUUUGAUGUGAUUCAAGAAGCAAUGGCGGUGGAGGAAUCUCUGAAACUGAUGACUGUGGAUGAGAAAAGUUAUGGCUAUGGAUGUUGUUGUGGAUUCUCUUCCUCCCAGAGACAAGCAUAUUGCUUAUGUCCGAGCUCGACGCAUGAUUUCAACGUGAAAGAUCGCUUUUUUUCUUCUUCUUCUUCUUCUUCCUUCUUUUUCACGCAUGAUAGUGUUAUUUACCAUAUAUAUUUUUCAAGCUAAAUAAAAGAUGAGGAAACUUAUGAGAAAAUUAGGUGGUUUUAUCCAUAAAUAUUGUGGUUUUUUUAUAAUUCCAUUUACUUAAUUAUUCUUGUGUAUUGCAUUUUCAACUCAUAUGAUCAAUAUGCAUU